CAUAUCUAUCCUACCUCACCAUGGCUCCUACACAUGCCUCACUGAUCGCUGGACUAUUUCUCUUUCUCUCCUUUGACUGGUGUCUAUCGGUCAUUCCUCCUGAGGAGGAAGACCCCCGCUUCUGGAAUGUGAAGGGCAAAGAAGCCUUAUUAACUGCACUGGAGAUAAAACCUAAUCUGCACAAGGCAAAAAACCUCAUCCUCUUUCUAGGAGAUGGUAUGGGAAUUACCACAGUCACAGCAGCAAGGAUUCUGAAAGGUCAGAUGGCAGGGAAAACAGGAGAGGAAACUUCUCUAGCCAUGGACACCUUCCCCUAUCUGGCUUUGUCCAAGACUUACAAUGUAGAUCAGCAGAUGCCUGACAGUGCUGGCACUGCCACAGCCUACCACUGCGGCGUGAAGGCUAACUAUGGCACCCUGGGGAUCACUGCAGCUGCCCGCCGUGGCGACUGUGCCACUGCCAAAGGCAACGAGGUCAAGUCGGUUCUUCACCGAGCCAAGAUGGCAGGGAAAUCAGUGGGUAUCGUAACAACCACCCGUGUUCAGCACGCUUCCCCUGCUGCCAGCUACAGCCACUCCGCUGACAGAGACUGGUACAGUGACUAUGAGCUAAAAAACGAUAAUGUAGUAGGAGACUGCAAGGACAUCGCCUACCAGCUGGUGCACAACACUGAUAUCAAUGUAAUUCUGGGAGGGGGUCGGACAUAUAUGCUCCCUCAAGAAACUCCUGACCCUGAGUACCCAAGCCUCAAUGGAAGUCGCCUGGACAAAACCAAUCUCAUUGAUGAGUGGCUUAAGAACAAGCAGAAAGCACAUUAUGUGUGGAACAAAUCACAACUUGAUGCAGUGGACGAGGAAGAGACUGACUAUUUAAUAGGACUCUUUGAGCCAAAGGACACAAAAUAUAACAUCGACCGAGACAAGGCGAGUGACCCAUCUCUCACAGAAAUGGUGGAGAAGGCCAUCAAAAUUCUACGCAAGAACCCAAAUGGAUUCUACCUCUUUGUAGAAGGGGGGAGAAUCGACCAUGGUCAUCACGGCAGCAGCGCCAAGAAGGCACUGACCGAGACUGUGGAGUUUGACAAUGCCAUCACCAGGGCAGCGAAUCUGACCAGUGAAAUGGACACCCUGUCAGUGGUCACAGCUGACCAUUCCCACGUCUUCUCCUUUGGAGGGCACUCUGACAGAGGAAAUCCUGUUUUAGGACUGUCACGAAGACUUGCCACUGACAACCUGCCAUUUACAACGGCUCUGUAUGGAAAUGGCCCAGGAUUUGCGAUUGUCAAUGGCAGCCGACCAUCCAUUAACAACUCUAUAUCAAAUGGGAAUGACUACAAACAGCAAUCAGCAGUGCCAAUGGACUCUGAAACACAUGGCAUAGAGGAUGUAGCCAUCUUUGCCAAAGGCCCAAUGGCCCACCUCUUCCACGGAGUUCAGGAGCAGAGCUAUAUUGCGCAUGCCAUGGCCUAUGCUGCUUGCAUCGAGCCAUACACCAACUGCAAUGAGCUACUACCAGAGCCAGACCAUGCUGGAUCCAUCCAGUGCAAUCUCCUGGUCCUUCUGCUGGGCUUACUGCCUUCUGUUCUAUAUCUGUUCUCUGUCUGAAACCACACAAAUGCAGUGGGAACACUCAGUCCUGUCUUCUUUUCUUGUCUUGCAACUCUGCUUACUGGUGUCCAUGAAAAAUAUCAUAAAUUGUUCCAGAUUAACCUCAUCCUUGCUUUACCAAAAUGUUUUAUAUCACACUACACUUGCAAUGGAUUUAAUUUAUUUUAGAACUAAAUAUGAUUCCUCUGUGAGGAGACAACACCAUUUUAGCCAUGUUAGAUGACUCUAAUGCGCCUCUAUGGCUGCUAGAAGAUAGCAUGAAAGAUGAAUGAUGUAUUACACCAACUCAAAAUAAUUUAUACAAUUAGAAAUGGUACAUGCCAUAACACA